AAAGAGACUUAAUCUUAACUGUUGGUUUAUGUAAUAUAAAAAUCUCUUUAGAAAAGCUUUCAAGGUACAUGAUUACAAUUUCCCCACAUCAUCUUCUCUUCUCUUUAUUCUUGUGGUCCAUUAAGAUUUCUCAUUGGAGUGCUCAAGUUGCAAACCACUUUUGAUUUUGGAGGAUUUACCGAGUCACCUACAGGCUUCGGGUUAAGUCAGCGGUUUAAGGAAAAUGGAAUUAUACAACGGUCAGAGGCCAAGUGUGUUCAAACUUUUAGGGAAGUAUAUGAGAAAAGGGUUAUAUGGCAUCCUAACCCAGGGUCCCAUCCCUACUCAUCUUGCCUUCAUAUUGGAUGGAAACAGGAGGUUUGCUAAGAAGCAUAAACUGCCAGAAGGAGGUGGUCAUAAGGCUGGAUUUUUAGCUCUUCUGAACGUACUAACUUAUUGCUAUGAGUUAGGAGUGAAAUAUGCGACUAUCUAUGCCUUUAGCAUCGAUAAUUUUCGAAGGAAACCUCAUGAGGUUCAGUACGUAAUGGAUCUAAUGCUGGAGAAGAUUGAAGGGAUGAUCAUGGAAGAAAGUAUCAUCAAUGCAUAUGAUAUUUGCGUACGUUUUGUGGGUAACCUGAAGCUUUUAAGUGAGCCAGUCAAGACCGCAGCAGAUAAGAUUAUGAGGGCUACUGCCAACAAUUCCAAAUGUGUGCUUCUCCUUGCUGUAUGCUAUACUUCAACUGAUGAGAUCGUGCAUGCUGUUGAAGAAUCCUCUGAAUUGAACUCCAAUGAAUUUUGUAACAAUCAAGAAUUGGAGGAGGCAAAUGCAACUGGAAGCAGUACUGUGAUUCAAACUGAGAACAUGGAGUCGUAUUCUGGAAUAAAACUUGUAGACCUUGAGGAAAACACCUACAUAAAUCCUUAUCCUGAUGUUCUGAUUCGAACUUCUGGGGAGACCCGUCUGAGCAACUACUUACUUUGGCAGACUACUAAUUGCAUACUGUAUUCUCCUCAUGCACUGUGGCCAGAGAUUGGUCUUCGACACGUGGUGUGGUCAGUAAUUAACUUCCAACGUCAUUAUUCUUACUUGGAGAAACAUAAGGAAUACUUAAAAUAAUUUGUUUCUGUUCCUAGCUCAUCCUGCCUUAUUCGCGAUAGUUAAGCUUAAGCAUAUCCUUGUGGAAUAAACUCGGACACUUAAUUAAGCCGGUAUUUUGUCUUUUUUGAAUUUUGGUUUUUUGUGCAAGCAGUAAUCAUGGUGUGGUGUAGCCUCUUUGCUAGCAGGCUGUUCGGUUUUAGCAGAGUCUCCUUGUUUGGUUUGGUCUCUCCUCUGUGAGAUGAGCUCUUGUACCCGUUUUCCCUCUUGUUUUAUUAAUAAAAUCUAUAUAUAUAUA